AUGCUUACAAUUUUCUACAGCAUAGGCUCAAAACCAUUAGAAAUAUGGGAGACACAUAUUAAAAAUGGUUAUGUAACAAGAUUUUUAGACCAAGAUAUAAAAUCGACGGUUUUAGAAAUAGGCAGCACUAAUGUAAGUACAACGUAUAUAAGCUGUCCUAAAGGAAACCAGGUUUUAGGUAUAACUAAGCCUUUUCUCGUGAUGAUAGUAAAGAAUUUAAAAAAGUAUUUUUCAUUCGAAGUCACCAUAUUAGAUGAUACUGGAACAAGACGAAGAUUUCGCGUGUCCAACUUUCAAAGUACAACUCAAGUAUUACCACUAUGUACGGUUAUGCCAAUUGGAUUGGCAGAUGAUUGGAACCAAAUCCAGUUUAACUUGGCUGAAUUCACUCGACGUGCUUAUAACAAGCAAUUUGUCGAAGUACAAAAAUUAAAAAUAAACGCUAAUAUACGUCUUAGGCGAGUAUACUUUACAGAAAAGUUGGUUCAUAUGGAUGAGUUACCACCCGAAUACAAAUUGUAUUUUCCUUUAGAACAUAAAGGUAAAAAAGAAAGCAAAAGACAAACUAGUAAAAUUUUAGAACCCUCAGAAUCGCAAAACGACAAGGUGACUGUUAAAAUUUCUGUUGCCAGUAUAUAUAAUAAAGAGCAAAAGAAUAGUAUAAAUAAUUCUAAAACCACAGUAAGAUCUUUUACAAGUCAUAAUAAUCAUUUCAAAAUUAAGGAUGUAAUGGAUAUAAAUGCAGAUGAGGUAACGCAACAAAAUUUUAUUUAUGAUGAUACUGUUAAACUUCUAGAGGAAAUUAUUGAAAAUGUUUUAAGAAUAACUAACAUAGCAUAA